AUGUGUGGACGCUACGCAUUGGGCGUGCGCUUGGCGUACAUCCGACAACAGCUUCAAGAGCGAGGCAUGCAAGUAGAUGACGCUCCAGAUGAUGAAGAAGUCCGCGAAACAUACAACUUUGCGCCGGGCAACUUUGGCGCAAUCUACCGUGCCGACAUCCCUGACCACAAGACUCGCACCGAGCAAGACACGGGGGCACGUCAAGAGCAGAAUGAGAACGUCACAGAACCAGAUGAUCAAGAUGAUAAGAAAGCUGACGACACAUCAUCUGCUGCGCAUCCCAAAUACAAGCUUCAGAGUAUGAAAUGGGGCCUCAUCCCAUUCUGGACAAAGCGAAAGCCAGACUACGGUUCUAUGAUGCGAACAAUCAAUUGCCGCGAUGACUCCUUAAUUGAGAAUUGUGGUAUGUGGACGACUAUGAAACAGCGCAAGCGAUGUCUUGUCAUUUGCCAGGGCUUCUACGAGUGGCUGAAGAAGGGGCCAGGGGGCAAAGAGAAAGUCCCCCACUUCGUUCGGCGUAAGGACGGUGAUCUGAUGUGUUUUGCUGGACUAUGGGACUGCGUUAAAUACGAAGACUCGGACGAGAAGCUGUACACGUACACCGUGAUUACAACAUCCUCAAACUCUUAUCUGACAUUCCUCCAUGACAGGAUGCCCGUGAUCAUGGACUAUGGAAGUGAAGAGAUGAGAACAUGGCUCGAUCCUAGCCGAAAGACCUGGUCGAAGGAACUGCAGUCCAUUUUGAAACCUUAUGAGGGCGAGCUCGAGUGCUACCCCGUCUCCAAGGAAGUUGGGAAAGUGGGCAACAAUUCGCCGGAUUUCAUCAUCCCAGUUAACAGCAAAGAAAACAAGAGCAACAUUGCCAAUUUCUUCGCUAAUGCCAAGGCGAAAGAGACGUCUGCCAAGAAGGAACCCGGUAUAAAGAAUGAAAAGGAUGAAGAGAAAGACGAAUUCGCUGCACAAGGCACGAAGAGGGAGCAUACGCCAGAAAUGGCGAGUCCUGAUAACGAAAGCAAAAAACAAAAGGUCCAUCAACCCGGAGUCUCGCCCUCGCCGCAAAAGUCGAAAGCGCGCAGUGCUACUCAUAACAAGCCGAUGAGGAAGGCUGGAGGGUCCAAACCACCAGACGGAUCACAGCGAAUUACGAAUUUUUUCAAAAAAUAA